AUGAGCGUAUCCAAACCACUCCCAGCUGGUCAUAUCCAACCCACGAUCGUCGUUCUUGCUCCGCCUAUUCAAACAGUCCAAAGAGGAGGACUGCGAAACUAUCCUUUCCACUCUUUCACGCGACGUUCAACCACGUCAACAAAAACUCGCCGAUAUCCGUCUACGAGAACGCUGCUCGACUGUCUGGUCGACUCUUUAUACAGCCGCAGCGCGUGCGGAGUAGCGCUGGCACCAGCUGUUAUUGGACCAUCGAUGUCCGUCGUCGUUUCGUUGAACUCCCUGCAUGCUCUGUUCGUUAAUCAGCGUGCUGUUUAUCCGGCGGAUAGUUCGGCUUUGGUAUUCGCGAAAGGAAGCUUACGAAGAGAAGACGCUGCAGCAGCAGAAAAAGGUGGAGAAAUCAAGAAGACAAGUUACUACACCGCCCACGAUCUCGUCUACAAGUGCGAUGAAUCGACAGCGCUGAUUACGCUGCAUCCUGCCCUGGGGCUUCGCCAGAGAUUCAACCCUGUGCCGAGCCAGCCCCCCAGAAUGCCCAAUAAUGCUAGAAACGCAGUGCCUCCUAUCCAUUCUUUCUCUAUUCUCGCUCUCCACCUGGUCCUGAGAAACACAAUUCAGACUUCCGCUGCGACCAACUGA